UUCUUCGUUGUGAGUUUAUGAUGUUUAACAUCACUGCCACCUUCCGGUGUCACUUGAUUUUCACAUUUACACAUAUGCCACCUUAGUCCAUAAAGUUGAUCACGACAGUUGCUCAUUAUGUAAAACUUUCUUAAUUUCAAUUAAUAUCAUCGCGUUGCUGUGCAGUCUCCAGGAGGCGUGUUCACUUUGGGGGAAAAAAUUAAAAUAAAGAAUAAAACACUAAAUGUGUAAGCCAAUAGCAAGCCGUCUUUUCGAAAACUUGCCAAUCAGAUCUUCAUAUUUCACUAGGAGGCGGGGCUACAAUUUCUUUGCAGGGUUUGGUUCCCUGUCACUUGCGGCGGUUGUUUCAACAUGGCGGCAGCUGGAAAAAGGAAUGCCAAAUCUGAAAUACUUUGGACGAAGAGUGGAGGAGACAAAGUGGUCCCUUGUAAACGAAGCGGUAUAAGUACCUCAAUUAAAAAAAACGCCAAGAUGCAAGCCCAACACAUCGCUGACUACAAGAUCGACGCACCAUUAAGGAGAGGCGGCACGACCCAAAGCUUUGUACAAAAUGAUCAAUGUAGCUCUGACGUUAAGGAAAAUGCGUCUGCCUUUGCCUUUGCUUCUGUAACCACUGAGAACGGCCUUGUUCCAAUGCUAGAUCCGAUACCACCUGUUUCACAAAUCAUAUUUGGAAGUAGCAGUGCACAGAGCCAAGUCGGUUUGAAAGACCUCUGUCCUGAGGACAAACGACGCAUUGCAAACCUGAUUGAAGAGCUAGCCAGGGUGAGUGAGGAGAAGGAAGAGUCGGUGAAGCGCCUCAAAGAUGAACACGAUAAUUUUGAAAGCAAAAUCCAACAACUCGAGCAACAGAACAUGCUUAUAGCACAUGAAAGAGAAAGUCUUCAGCGGCAGUACAGAGAGUGUCAGGAGCUUCUUGGGCUCUACCAACAAUACCUUACUCAGCAACAAACGAAGCUCAACCAGUCCAUCGCUGAGCUUAGCCAGGCGCAAGCGCAAUCUCACUACAAGUUGCUGAGCAGCGAAGAAGCCAUUAGUGAAACUACUAGCCAAGCUAAUGGCCUACUGUUUGAUGGCUCAUACCUCAGUCUUGCCGCUACUCAAACACAUCACCCUCAAGCGCGCAGGAGAAGUAGCGCAAGAAGUGGACCCUUGCCGGCUGUCAAUAUUCCUACGCCCGCUUCCUAUUUUAGCCAAAACUGUCCGGCUGGCGCCGGUGAGCAAAUCAAUGGGCAUCACAUUCAGACGGGAGAAUUCGGUUUGCAGCACAAUCAGGGGCCUUUCCAAGAUGGCGGCUACGGCGCCCAGCAACGUCGAACAAAUGUCGAUUCCCUUGAGAGAAGCUACGAGAGCACCUUUAGCCAAAGGCCCCAUGGCGAGAAUGACUUUGCCGCUGGGAAGAAGGAACCUUCGACAAUGCCUCAACUUAGUUGCGGGGACUGGGAGGAGAAGCGGCACCAGCUGCUGCUGCAGAAGAUGCAGCUGGAGCUGGAGCGAGAGAAGCUGCAGACACGUCUGGCUGAUCAGGAGGAGCGGCUCAGCAGACAGAAUCAGCAGCUGUGCCAGUCACGUCUUGACUGCAAAAGGUUUCAAGAAGCGUGCCAAUCUAAACUCAGCAGCUCAUUUGCGAACAAUGGAACGUCACAGUCCCCUCGCGGCCAAGAUUUUCCGACCAGAACGACUCCUCCUGCACAACAAAGCGUGCAUGACAACUGUUCACAAACUGCCCCGCUGGACAAAAAUCUUCAAUUUUGCGAUGCUACAGUGCAAUCAACAAAGGACACAGCCACAUCCCCUGUCAAGUUCCCUGCAAGCCCUGCGGAGCUCACCGCGGGGCCUGUGACGUCUGAAAAUCGCUUGGACUUCUCUGUUGUCGAGUUACUGGAUAAGUUGAGUCCCAUUGCAGCGCAUGAGCAAUGCAAGGCAUCCUCCCGGAGGCUCAAAUCAUCGCAGCGUGGUCCAAACCUCACGACACCCAAACCAAUCUGCAGAAGUCUGCGUACCCCCGUGGUGGUGCCUUAUCGUCUGAAUUGCCUGCAGGACUUGGAAGAAAGCCAAAUAUUGGAGGAUAUUUUUUUUAUUUGCUGACAAGAACAAGCGAAACAUGCAACGUGUUACUUGCUUAAUGUCGACUGUGCUGUCUUAACUUGAUUAUUAUUAUUUUAUUCCAAUUCAAGAUCGGUGUGCUUUUGAGGGAAAUCAUGUCAUGCGCUUUGUAUUUUCAAUUCAAAUAAAUUGUCAUUUAUUGGGUACCUUUUCUUGAUUUCUUUGAAAUUUUGCCUCUGUAGGGGAUAAGUUGGUUUCCCGUCAAACUACACAUCAAAUGAAGAGAAUAACUUUGGACAGAGUCACUUAUAGUUGUCAGUUUCCGUGUUUCCUCAUCACUGCCCCCUGGUGGCCAAGCCACGUGCACCAGGUGGAGUCACAAUUAAUGCAUAAAUGAUAUUCAUGCUUUCCGCUCUCACUUUGUCACUAAAUUUCUACAACGUAAACGUUGUAGUGUUUUCCUAAUGACUACAUUUUGAAAACAUUUGGGGUGGGGAGGAACAAAUAAAACUCUCAUCUCAAAGCACCGCUGUCGAUUCAGGCUGGAACAGUCUCCUUCGAUGAACUGUGGAAUAUUUGUAAAUUAGCCCACAAACACAGGCAGUCUUUGGGGCAGCUGUUUUUCCCGUGUGGUUAACGCAAAUCAUGACGCCAGACGGGAGAUUUUAUUCUAGACUGUGCUUUAUUAUUGGCCUAAGCGGAGACGCAUCAUUCAUUUUAAAAUUACAAAAAAGGAGUUAAGGGAACAAGAAAUUGGUGCAGUCUUUUUCUUGAGAGUCGGAGGCAGGAGCCUAAAGCGCAUCGGCCUAUCAGAAGCUGAGAUCUUCAAGAACCUGGCAAAGCGGAAUUAUGCAACAUUCAUUCCCCCCCUCCAUCCAUAUGUGCUGAAAUUGCGAAAUACAUCUCCAUAGUUACUUUUAAACCACAUGAUGCCUCUCCAGUCACUGUAAAAAAACAAUUAAAAUAAAAAAAUAAAUU